UGUCCGCAGGAAUUGUUCAUAUUGCAAAGGUGGAGCCAGUUACAUUGUCAGUCCCGAACUACCGAUCGACGAAGAUCGAUCAAUAUGACGGUUCCUCCAAAGAUGGAUCUUACCUGUGUUAUACGUCGACAUGUUAAAGUACUGAGCAGGAGGAAAUGUAACUUCUCCGACGCUGUUUUCAACCCGCCACAAUUUGUCGACAUUUUCCCGGAUCCGCAAUUGACAUCUUUGUUUACCAUAGCGCGGAGUAAAGAAAUCGGAGUCCAAUGCCAAGCUUGUGAUGUUUCAGCACUUAAUAUCAAUACGGAUUGUGCUACGACCGAGGCCCACGGAGUUUUCCACAAGGAAGGUGGAUGGCCUCGCGAUGUCAACCGGCAAGAAGCCGCUGCUUAUUCAUCAGAUCCUUUUUGGAAAAAUCUGUUUGACCACAAAGAAAAUGAUUCUUACAUCAAAUGUUGA